AUGCCUGCUCCACCGCAUCCGCCUACAACGACAUCAGGCGGCCGUCGGUCCCAUAGACGAGAUCCGUCUCUGGCGUCUCCACUGCAGAUGUCUCUUUCUGCAUGGCAACUAGAUCAACAGGGUCUUUGCCAAAAACCUACCCUCUUCUCCCACCAAUUCCCCCCCUCAAAACAAAACCUCCAUCAUCAACUGAACUGCGGCGAGACGAAAUCUGUUUAUCGUAGUGGCUGGAUGGUGUUAGUUGAUCCCACAUGUAAACAGGCUCAAAUCAACUCUGCAAAGCCUCCCAGUCUCGGGAGUUAA